CUCAGGAAUAAUUUUGCAAUGUUUAUUUUAGAAUUUUCAAUGUAAUUUUGUGAAUUUUGUAAUGUAGUCAGCGAUCAUGGGUGGAAAGGAUUCAAAAUUGUCAUAUAUAACACAAGAAGAAGCUUUGAAACGAGUGACAGAUGUAGAGCUGAAGCGGUUGAAAGAUGCCUUUAAAAGGGUUUCUGCCCUCAGUGGAUUUAUGACAGAGACAGUGUUCAUGCGUGAAGUGCUGUGGGAUGGAGUACCCCCCAAAAUUGCCCAGUUGCUAUUUAAAGCUUUUGGCGGUACUGUAAAGGGCCUGUCCUUCAAGGAACUGCUUGCAGGGAUGGUUGUAUUGACUAAAGGCACUAAAGAGGAAAAAAUCAAAUUGAUAUUUGGCAUGUAUGCAGACGAGACAUUCACCGUUAUCAAUAAAGACGAGAUGGACCGAAAGAUUGUUACAACAGAAGACCAUGUUCCACCAUCACUUUCUCAGCUGUUUGCGCAGAAUGACCAGGUUGAUUAUGAAAUGUUCCGUGCCUGGGUGUACAUGAAUCCUGACGCGACAAUCGUUACAAAAUGGCUGCUGACAGAACCAAUUUCAUUCUCUCUAUCUAGUGAUACAGAAACACCGACUUUCUACCAAACUUUAGCGGGCGUUACACACCUGGAAGAAACAGAUAUCAGUGAGCUUGAAAAGAAAUAUUGGAUACUGAAAGCACAGUCAAAGACAGGAAAAUUUGAUCAAGAAACCUUUAAAUCUUUUGUCUUUCCUACUAUACCAGAAUCCCUUUGUGAAGCAUUGUUUAUGUCAUUUGAUGAGAAUCGGGAUAAUCAUAUAGACUUUAAGGAGAUAGCGUGUGGGGUAUCAGCGUGUUGCCGUGGACCCACCAUGGAAAGACAAAAGUUUUGUUUUAAGAUAUUUGAUACAGAUCAUGAUGGUAAACUUGGGGAGAAAGAGCUGCGUGAGAUGAUAGAUUCUCUUGUUGCAAUUCGGAUGGAAAAUAAGGAUCCUGAACAACUGGAAAGUGAUGCUUUCUUGAAGAUGGACCCAGCAAUGGUUUCAAAGGAGAUUCUGUCAUGUCACGAUUCCGACAAAGAUGGUUUUAUCACGAUGGAGGAAUAUUUAGUGUGGACAGUGAAUAAUGUACUCUGUGAUGAUUUCCUUGAUCUAUUAAGUCAGAUUUGUCAUGUGGUGCUUGGUCUUAAACCAGAAAGUCCAGAAGAAGAAGGAAAGAUUAUAUUAGACUGGUUAGCAAGGGAAGAUAGAAAGAAGAAGAAAGUCGGACAAGUUUGGUAUCUUAUCUCUAUACAGUGGUGGACUGCAUGGAAAAAUUACGUCACAUAUAAAGUCAUGGAAGAAAACGGUGUUGUUACUGAGUCACCUGGUAGGAGUAAUUCGAAUGACACUCGUCACAGAUUACUCACACAGUGUAAAAACCCCACUGGUUGUCUCCCUUGGGAUGACGAAAAUGUAAUCAUGGUGAAUGUAAAUAAAACAAACUCAGUCUGUGAAACUCCGCUUGUCGGAGAUGCCAGAGAACUUUCAAAUCAGUUUAAUAGUCACACAUUUCCGAGGACUUCACAUUCGCUAACGAGUACACCGAAAAAGUACAGAUUGUCUCCAGAAGUUGAACACAAGACACGAAGCCCAAGCGCAUCUCCGAAACUGAAGAAAAGAGUUGUGAUUCCACCAAAGCCUAGUCAAAUAGACAACAGUUCUCUAGUCAUUCCAAAUCAGUACAAGGUUAUGACCCUAACCAAUGAAGGUGGCAGAUUGAAGAGAGAUGUUAUGAUGGUGGAUGGUAAAGAUUUUAAGUUGGUACCUGAACCAGUCUGGAAGGCUUUAUCUACCUGGUAUGGUGGAUGUCCAGCAUUGCCUAGAACUGUGAUACCUACUGGCAAGGGAGACUUGAACCCAGAACUUGAACUUUACCCAGUCAUGGUCCGGUUGUUGAGACAUCAAACACAGGCCCAGCGUCCGGUUCAACCGACCACCAUCAGUAGCGUGAUGACAGGACUAGGGGGCAUGGCAAUUAGUACAAUGAAUAGCUUCACCAACCAUCACCAGCAGCCAAAGAGAUACCUGGCAUUCACUGCUUGCUAUAGUAGAUGUCAUACGUUACAACAGGUGUAUGAUUUCCUCUGUACGAAGCUACGUUUCACCAGGGAAGACCUCAGACUCUGGAAAAUUAGCAACAAAGAUGAGAACAAUAUGGUUAUGUUGGAUGAUGAGACUUUGACAGUUGAACAAGCCGGGAUAGAAGACUCUCAGCAAAUACUUAUUGAAGUAAGAAACAAGGACUUGACUUGGCCUGAAGAAAUGUCACAGCUGGCAAAGAACAAAAAUAUGAAAAAGGAGCAAGUGCCAACGGAGCCUGGGGCAACAGGAUUGAACAAUCUAGGGAAUACGUGUUUUAUGAAUGCUGCAGUACAAUGUGUCUCAAACACUCAACCACUCACUAUAUAUUUUAAAGAAGGUUUCUACCAGUAUGAGCUAAACAGAUCAAAUCCAUUAGGUAUGAAGGGGCAUAUAGCACAGAGAUAUGGGGAUUUAGUGAAAGACAUGUGGAGCGGCACCACAAAAACGACUGCACCAUUGAAAUUAAGGUGGACGAUAGGAAAGUAUGCACCAAGGUUUAAUGGCUUCCAGCAGCAUGACUCUCAGGAAUUGCUAAGUUUUCUGUUAGAUGGUCUACAUGAAGAUUUAAACAGGGUGCAUGAUAAACCAUAUGUAGAACUUAAGGAUUCUGACGGCAGGCCUGACGAAAUAGUCGCUCAAGAGGCCUGGGACAACCAUUUGCUGCGAAACCAGUCUGUGAUAGUAGAUUUAUUCCAUGGUCAGUUGAAAUCCCAGGUGAAGUGUAAGGAAUGUGGUCAUACAAGUGUGAGGUUUGAUCCCUUCAACUACCUGUCUUUACCAUUACCCAUGGAAAGCUGUAUACACAUUGAAAUUAUUGUGAUGAGAUUAGACGGUUCUGUACCAGUAAAGUACGGUCUCCGAUUAAACAUGGAUGAAAAGUACAAAGCUCUGAAAAAAGAGUUGAGUAAGCUAGCUGACAUUCCGCCCGAACAAAUACUGCUUGUAGAAAUUGUUGGACCUGUUGUCAAGACAUUGCCACAUGACAACCAAAAAGUCCGCAACUUGCUUGGUGGCUCCCUCUAUGCAUAUGAACUACCUCCAGUGGAAAACAUUGAGCCAAUCACAGCAGAGGAGGAGACGUUAGAGAAAAAAUCACACAUUGGAUUGAGUGAGAUACAGCGGGGCAUAUCAGCAAAAAAACCAACUGCAGCAAAUGGUCAUAUUGGUCGCUUACAACCUACGCUAAAUGGGAUAGAUCGUGGAAACAAUUCUGCAACCAGUACCCCCACCCACUCUCGUAACAACAGUAGUACCAGUCUAAAUAUGAGCAUGAACAGUAGUAUAAGUUUGGAAAGCAGUCAAAAAUCAGUCGGUGAUGUGUUCAAUGGAUUUGUGAUAGCUGUACAUAGAAAAAUGACAUUAAUGGACCUUUAUUUCUUGUCAUCACAAAAGACCCGUCCCAGUUUGUUUGGCACGCCCAUUAUUUUACCAUGUGAUGAGAAGUCAUCCAAUCAGGACCUGUAUGAGUUUAUAUGGAAGCAGGUAGCCAGAAUAGUCAGUCCACUGCCACCAUCGGAGGCCAAACUGUCCAACCAUGCACUUGACUGUGAUGACAGCCUUUGUUACGAGUAUCCAUUCACGCUGAAAGUAGUUCAGAAAGAUGGCUUCACAUGUGCCUGGUGUCCAUGGUAUAGGUUUUGCCGAGGCUGCAGUAUAGAAUGUAACACGGAAAAAUUCAAUUUUGGUAGUUCAUUUAUUGCUGUUGACUGGGAACCAACUGCUUUACAUCUUAGGUACCAGACUACAUGUGAACGGUUUUUUGAAGAGAAUCCUAGUGUGGCUGAGAGUAGAAAGAAGCAGACGGAACCUAUUGACCUUGACACUUGUUUACAGGCAUUCACGAAGGAGGAGGAGCUAGGAGAAGAUGAACUGUAUUACUGUUCUAAAUGCAAAAAACAUUGCCUUGCCUCCAAAAAGCUAGAUAUAUGGAGACUUCCACCUGUUCUAAUUGUAAAUUUAAAGAGAUUCCAGUUUUUAAAUGGCAGAUGGGUGAAGUCGCACAAAAUUGUCAAUUUUCCGUUAGUCGAUUUUGACCCAUCGUGUUAUUUAGCUCCGCGUAAACAUUCCAUAUGCAGCUGUGGUAGCCAAGGCAACAAACAAUCAGAAAUUAGUCCACAUGGUGAUGGUCUGCAGGUGCCAAAUACAGAAAAUGUUGUCUCAUGUGUCUGUGAUAAAAAUGAUCCAGAGUCAGUAUCCCCGUCCAGGCGAAAAGAUGAAGAUGAGAUUGAGGAGGUAAAACAUUCUGAGAAAUGUUCCGAUAAUGGUUACCAUAGCAACACAGACACUUCCAGUUGUCAUAGCAACAACAAUGCUACAUGCAAAAGCAAAGAUUGCUCAAAGUCGGUGUAUGAUCUAUGUGCAAUGUCGUGUCACACGGGUAUUCUAGGAGGUGGGCAUUAUGUAGCAUUUGCCAAGAAUCCAAACAUGAAGUGGUACUGUUAUAAUGACAGUAGCUGCAAGGAAGUUCAAGAGAGCCAGCUGGACACAAAUGCUGCGUAUAUUUUAUUCUACCAACGGGGAGAUCUUGACGUUUCUUCCUUUAUGCCGGAAAUUACCAACAAGGAUCCUGACACUCAAGAAAUUGACGAUGAAUUUGAGUCAGACUUCAAACGUCUUUGUGUUAUCCAAUAGCACAAAUAAUUAUUUAAGUUUUGAACAAUGUUUUAAAGGGGCAUGCAGAUGUGCAUUACUGUACCAAAAUUUUUAAACUGAUAGCAAGUCACCAUUAUGACCUAAAUUGUGUCGGUGGGAUGUUAAACUCAACAAUAAAUAAAGAAAUAAAACAAAAUUAACGCAUCUUUAAAAAAAUAGAAUAAAAAAAUCCUUUUCUUUAAGUUGAUAUUUUAUGAAUACUUUAAAACCAUUUAUUUUCAAAGGCACAAAAUUUUAAUGUUUUGGUCAAAAUGCAUUUUUCAUAGUGAUAUGAAUAUGUGGAUUUCAAAUUUUGAACAUAAAACAAACGAGAAGUUUACUUGUCCAUUGGGAUGAAAUGUCUUUGGUUGAUUGAUCCAUGAAAUCAGUGAAAAUUAUUAUUCCUUAUGAAUAUAAAUGAUUUAACUUUAAUGUACAAAACACGGAUAAAUUGCUUUAAUUUUACAUCAGAUUUUUAUUACAUGACCAGUUUAUUUACAUUUUUUAACAGACUACAAGUCUUAAAAGUCUUUCAAUUACUGGGUACUGUCUACAGCGUCCUUGCAGAAUCAUCAUGUUUUAAGCCAUGUUCACAAUUGCAAAUUAAUAAACGUGUUUCCUAAAUGUAAAUCAAAAAAGUUUAUAAGUAUAUUUGGAGUAAUGCCCCUUUAAACAGCUGCAUCUAUGUGAUAGUUUUAUUCUAGUGACAAAUACUGUGAAAUCAUUUUUAUUCGCGUAGGACGAAUUUUCGCGUAUUUCGUGCUAGGACCGAUGCGCGAAUUAAAGACCGUGCAAUUAUUAAUUUUUAUUUUUUUUUCAUUUCUAAAAUUUAAAAUGUGCGAAUUUAAGCCGCGCAAAACAGUCCUUUUUCACAUUUGCACGAAAUUUCAUGCCAGCGAAUUUAAAUGAUUUCACAGUAUCACAGUGAGGAAACAAAAUGAGACAUCUGAGAUGAAUGUUGGAUUUGAUUUAAUCAUUUGGAAAGAAGUUACAACAUUUUAUCAGCAUUGUUUGAUUUUCCAUUCUAAUACUUUUAAGAUUUUCUUUUAUAUAAUCUAAGAAGGAUUUUACCGUGUAUUGUCUUGUCGAUGAAAUACGUUUUGAAAAAUGACCUGCUUUUGGCUAUUCCGCCUAAAAAGGAUUCCAGAUUAGUAUCCCUUGUUGGUGUAAUUCGAAUGUGUUAGAAUGGAAAUAGAUUUUAGUUUUGCAUGCUUUGUUGGCAAAUAAAACACAGUUUUUAGUUCAGAUGCGUAGUAAUCUAAUCAUGAAGGCUGAAAUCCCAAUUAGAGUGAGAUAAUGUAGUGUCACUGUUGUCAUAUUUUGAAGCUGGCUUUUUUGUGGUGGCUAAUUUUGAAAAUUUGUUUAAAAAAUGUUGGAUGCCUAGCAAAAGAAUUUUUACAUAUAAGAAUCAUUUAAGCUUAAAUGCAGAGACUUUUCAAGCUAUUUUAGCAUAGCAGUGCCGCAGUGCUUGAAUUCUAGUAUCAGAAACUCGGUGAUCCUUUCAUAUUCUGCAGUACUUGAAAAAUAGAAUGAUAUGGUGCUUACGUUUAACAUGUAGGGUGCCACUCUAUCACAGGGGUAAUGCCCUUCCACAUUUGUCCGAGUGCAGCACUUGACAGAAUACUGUAAAAGCAGACAUUUUUGUGAGGGUUUAAUUUUCGUUAUAUUCACAAGGCCCUACAUCUCUCAAAAAUUAAUCCUCAUGACCAUUAGUAUAAUUCAAAUUCAAGUAGGAAUUUAUUUUUACAAUUUUGCAAAUAUUAAAUCUCGCGAACACACUCAAAAUUUCAAAUUCGCAAAAUCUUGACCCAGUGAAAAUAAGUGCUUUUACAGUAUCCUUGGGAACACCCAGAAACAAUUACUGUCUGAUGUCAUGUAGAAUAAAACGUAUAACUUUGACUUAACAUAUCGGAGAAUAUUUAUGGAAAGAUGUGAGUUAAUUUAAUCAAAAAGCUGUCAUACGUAACAGUCAUGCACCGGAUUUUAUCACAUAUUUCAUUGCGCACCUGAUGUGUUGAAAUUCACAAUUAAAAAUUUGAUCAAAAUUCAGAUGUGCAAGUUAAUUAUCAAUUUGUGAAACAUAAAUUUGCAAUUCAAAACCAUUAUAUUUAUACAUAGCAAUCCAUUACAUCAAGGGCAAUUUUUAGCAGACACCAAUUAGACAAUUUUUAGCAGACGCCAAUUAGACAGUUUUUAGCAGAUGACAAUAAGACAGUUUUUAGCAGUUGCCAAUUAGACAAUUUUUAGCAGACGACAAUUAGACAAUUUUUAGCAUAUACCUAUUAGACAGAUUUUAGCAGAUGCCUAUUAGACAUCUUUUAGCAGAGGUUUAUAGGUAUAAAUUGCUAAAACAUAAGUUUGCAGUUCUAAGUCAAUACUUUUAUGUGUAGCAAUCCAUUACAUUAAGGGUUUUGAUUUUUAGCAGUCGCUAGUUUGUAUAAAUUGCUUUUUCUGAAUGCCUCAAUGCCUCAGUUAUGUUGCAAAUAAAACUGUAUUAUCUGUUAUUUACUGACUAUUUUGCAGUUUCGUUGAAAAACGUUUCAUCACUUUUCUUCAGAAAACUUGUAUAAUAUCCAUGUAUUUCAAAAGUAGUGUUUCGUUCAAUCAUCUUCAAAAAUAUGAGAAGCGAUAACCAAUAGGAAAGGUGUUAAAUGAUCAUUUGAAAAUAUCCAUGAUUUUUGUUUUUCUCAUUUUUUUUGCUGCAAAAAGCAGGUAAUAUAGAAAUUAGUAAUUAUUUUUCAUUUGUAUUUUGGAGCGUGACCAAAAUGGCUAUGGGAGUUUUAAAGAACCAUGCCUGUACUUCAUGUCUUCUGUGUAAGUACUGAUAUGGAUAACCAAUUAAAAAUUCACUAAGUAAUCCUGCAUAAAUACUCCGGUUGUCGUUUUUCUUGAUCUUUGUUUCGAAAACUGUGUAAAAAAAGAAACUCAAUAAAUUAAGUUUUUUUGCAUCCGCUGAAAAGUGUUUAAAUUUGACAGUCAAGAUUUAACCCUUGUCAUGCUGGACACAACUGAUUAUGCCUUUGUGACCAGUGUAGAUCAUGAUCAGACUGCACAUCCUUGCAGUCUAAUCAAGAUCUGCACUGUUCGCCAUUCAGUCAGUAUUAUUUUGGUAAGCACCCCUUUUAACAGUUAAUGGUACUGUCCAUAGUAAAAGGUAGACCAGUUCAUUAUAGAAAUUUAGCAGGGUAAGGGUUAAGUAAAUUGUCAUUACUGCACAAGUAUUGUAACAUUCCUACAUCAGAUAAAGUAUGUGUAAGGUAUAAUAAAAAUCUUAAAAACAUUUUGUUGCAUGAAAAAGGUAGAGGAGUUUGAAAAAGAAAACAAAAAACAAUGCUAAAGGUUCAUGUGUACUGCUUACAGGUUUUUACCAAACUUUAUUUGUAUUGUAUAGGUUUUUAUGUUUUGGUCAAAUCUGCUGAAGAGUUAAGAAUAGAAAAGCUGUAAGAAAUGGGUUAGAUCUAAAUGGAACAAAAUCCAUGUGUAAAACUUAGAAGUAAAAAGAGAGAAAAAUAGCAGUUACCAAUCUGUCUUGAUUUCUGAUUACAUUAUGCUGUUGAAAAAAAUAUGGCAUGAGUGCCAGUUUAUGUAAAAGUAAUAUUAAAAGUUCUCUAGAGGACUGAAAUGAUUUAUUUUCAAAUUAAAUAGCUAUUGAACUAUUUCGAUUUUUUGUCAAGGUCAUAGUCUAAAUGGUUAUUGAACUAUUUUUCGUUUCUGUCAAGAUCACAGUCUAAAUGGCUAUUAACUUGUUUAGUAUUUUGUCAAGAUUGUAGUUAAAUUGGUUGUUGAACUAUUUCAAUUUUGUCAAGAUCAUAGUCUAAAUGGCUAUAUAACUGCUCCAUUUUUGUCAAGAUUGUAGUCAAAAUGGCAGUUGAAGUAAUUCCUUUUUGUCAGGAUUGAAAUCAAAAUGGUUAUUGAACUAUUUCGUUUUUGUCAAUAACAUACUCUGUGUUGAACUAUUUUGUUUUUGCCAAUGACAUACUCUAUACAGCUAUUGAACUAUUUUGUUUUGUCAAUAACAUACUCUCUGUGGAACUGUUUUGUUUUUGCCAAUGACAUACUCUAAAUAGCUAUUAAACUAUUUCUUUUUUGUCAAGACCAUACUUCAAAUGGCUAUUGAACUAUUUCUUUUUGUCAAGAACAUACUCUAAAUGGCUACCUAGUUAUUUUGUUUUAGUCAAGAACAUAAAAAUACUCUAAAUGGUUAUUGAACUAUUUAGUUUUUUGUCAAGAACAUGUUCCAAAAGGCUAUAGAACUAUUUUGAUUUUGUCAAGAUUGUUCUCUAAAUGUCAUAAUAAUCUAACCUUAAGGAUUAUAAUUAAAACUUCAUACAUACUUUCACAUUGUCAACAGUUUUAGUUAUGUAUGUUUAACCUUUAGCCUGCUGGUGGCAUGGGAUUAUGCAGGCUGAUCUUGGUUUGCACAGUUCACUAUUUAGUCAGUAAAUAUUUCAGUGAACAACCCUUCAAAUAAUAAGUUGUGCUGCCCAAAUUGAAUGAUGGAACAGUCCAUUUCAGAAAUAUAGCAGGGUAAAGGUUAAAGAAGCUAUUAUCUAUGUAGCAUAUAUCAAAACAAUCUGUCUGUUCAUCCAUCAACCAGUCCAUGUCUUUCAUCUAUUUUAAAAGCAGAAAUUUUUUAGGGUUUAAAUUUUGCUGUAAUCGCGAGGCCCUACAUCUCGUGAAAACUGAUAAUUCAAAUUCAACUAAAUGCCAUUUUUACAAUUUCGCGAAUAUUAAACCUUGCAAAUGUACUCAAAAUUUCAAAUUCGCGAAAUUUUGAAACAGCAAAAAUAUAUGCUUUUACAGUAUUCACUUGAUAUAACCAGAAGUUGCUGGAGUAAGUUUGAGGGUGGUUAAAUGUCCUUUAGUGAAGAGAAAAUAUAGAACAAAAGGUUAAGUCACAAAUAAAAAGCCAAAUUUGUCAUUUGACUUUGAAAUAACUGAACCUAAGUAAAAAACAACAGAAAGCUUAAGGCACAGUUUCCACUUGAUUGAUUGUUACUGAACUAUAUUGUUAAUGUGUGUCUUUGAAGUUGAAUAACUGGCGUAUUAAUACUUUGUACUAGUGAUGUACUGAUAUGUCACAUCAUUGAAAAAUAGUGCAUAAAUGAUUUAUAUGGUUUUACUUUUAACCAUUGUUUUCAUCACUGACAAAUUUUGACAUAUUAACAAUGCCCUAAAAAUAAAAUAUAAUCUGGUGCCAAACAAAUCCAUAACUCCACUGACAGAAUUUCAGUUUUGAAGUGCAUUUGUGAAGAGAGUUUUAAAUAGACAACUUAGAAGGAUUGGCAUGGGUGCAGUGUUCGUAUCAGCAAGAAACCAAAAAUAUGAUUCAUUUCCAAAAAUCCAGCAAGUUUGCAUUCUUGGAACGAUUAUUGUAAUAAUGAUAUAUCUGAUUAAAAGACAGCCUGAUUUAGUGGUGUUCAGACUAAAGUAAUGAUUAGCCAAUUGUCAUGCUGUAUGUCUGCUAAUUAAUCAAACUGAUUCCCAAACUAAUGCAUUCUACCUAUAGCUGUCUGGUUUAGUUAAACAAUACAGAUUACAGACAUUGGAAAAGAGAUUAAAACUUCCGUUUAGAUUACAUUUAAACCUGCAUUAAGCAGUCUACUGUGGAAUGGACUGAAAUGGCCUUCUAACUCUUGUGGUCACUGAGUAAAGGUUAAAUUUAUAUUUAAUUAUCAUUAUUUCAUUGAAAAGGGUGACUGUUUAAGACAGGUGGCUGAGUAAUAUUUUGCUGAGUAAUAAAGGUGAUGACAACUACAACAGGCUUUACGUAUCUUUUAAUUGGGGCUUUAUUGCUCGCUGGAUUUUUUAUGUGUAAAACAUAUUCAUGUUGAUGUCCUAAUUAAUGUGUACCAUUAUAACAUACAAAUGUAAUUUGUUUAUUUAUAUAUUAUAUAUGAGAUUUUAUAUCGUUUGUUUGAAUUGUAAAUCUGUUAUUUUUCUGUUUCUAGAUCAUCGUUUUAGACAUAUUAAUGUUUUUAUCGUUCCAAGUUUCUAUAAAGUAAAACAAAAACAACAUGUAAACAAA